AGCCGUAUAUCCGCUUCCUCGGCCUCUGCCUUCACAACUCAUGUACGGCGCGCUGUCAACCCUGACUCGGCCUAUUCUACCACAGCUACGGUCACGUACCAUCUUGGCAACCUCACUCCAUCGAGCCUUCGUAGCAUUCCCAUCAGCCAGGAUGCGCGUCCCUUACGCCCCCAGCGAGCCCCAGACCGAGGAAGCUCGACCUGUAUAUGAACGCAUCGCAGAACGACGCAAGCCUCGCCCACUCAUCCCCCUCGAUCUCGCCCUCCUCCAUAACCCCGCCGUGGCAGAUGGCUGGAACUCGUUCAUUGGCGCCAUACGCACCAAAACCAGUGUGCCAGAAGGCUUGAGAGAACUUGCCAUUUCACGCGUCGCUGUACUCAACAAAGCCGUGCAUGAGUGGGACAUCCACGCCGCGCUCGCUGUAAAAGCCGGUAUCUCGAGAGACGCUAUGCAACUUGUCUUCGAUCUGCCGGUCACGAAGAAGGGCUUGGUGGAGAGUAACGACACGCUGGGGUUCGCUGAGGACGAGUAUGCAGUGCUGAGUUAUACAGAUCAGAUGACAAUCGGCGUGGAGGUGGAGGACGCUGUUGCAAAAAAGCUGAAGGGAUUCUUGAGCGACAAGCAGAUAGUGGAGCUGACGACUACCAUUGCGGCGUACAACUGUGUCUCGAGAGUUCUGGUGGCCCUAGACGUGGGGGAGAACAACGGUAACGACAUGAAGAAGGUCAAAGAUCUGUGAAUAGCGGCCAAAUGACAUGUGGAUCCAUGAGAGAGAUCAUGCACCCAACAAUAGUAAUUUGCAGGCGACUAGCAAAGACUUUGCUACCAGCUAGAGAUGAUGCUUCUCGGGUACUUGCGUCUUCCCCAGAUCUCAGCGCGUCACCGCUCUUGCCCUGUGCGCUCCCCGCAACUCCAAAGGGAAGGAGCCUCGGUCGUUCAGCCGGCGCAAACCGAACUUGUCUUAACAAACACCUCUACCCUCUUCCUUCU